GCUGUGCCACAGUGGCUCCAAUAGAGCUUUGGCAGCAUCUCGAACAGAACAUCGAUCUGUCGUUCGUGCAACUGCUGCUCUUAUUCGAUACAUCGUUUCUCCUCGAUAAGAUGGGUUACUGGGACGACCCUGCAAAGAUGGCCGGUAUUGGCCUGCCUUCCACGAACCCAUACGGGAACUACACUGUAGUCGACACGGUAUCCCAUGAUCUCCUUUAUUUAGUUGAUGCCCACUGGUACCAGUUUCCUCCUAUGAACCCUCUCUGGUAUAAUCUAAUUGCUGUUUGGAUGGUUGUUAUGUGCCUACUCUCUCUUGGUGGCAACUUCGUUGUUAUCUGGGUUUUCAUGUGUACCAAAUCUCUCAGAUCCCCUGCAAAUAUGUACGUUGUUAAUUUGGCUAUUUCUGAUUUUGGCAUUAUGUUUACCAUGUGCCCACCAAUUUUAGUUAACUGCUAUUAUCAGACAUGGGCUUUCAGUGAUGUAGCUUGCCAAAUUUAUGGUCUACUGGGGUCAAGUUUUGGAACUGCAUCUAUUUGGUCAAUGAUCUUCAUUACUUUGGAUCGUUACAAUGUCAUUGUUAAGGGACUCUCUGGAACACCUUUGACCACCAAAGGUGCCUUAUUGAGGAUUUUCAUUGUAUGGGCACAAACAUUUUUCUGGGGUGCUCUUCCUCUGUUUGGCUUCUGUAGAUAUGUUCCUGAGGGUAACAUGACAGCCUGUGGCACUGAUUAUCUUACAGAAGAGUUCUGGAGUCAUUUAUACCUGUACCUUUAUUCUGUUGAUUGCUAUAUCUUCCCUCUCUUCUUAAUCAUCUAUUGCUAUGCGUUCAUCAUGAAAGCUGUCGCCACUCACGAGACACAGAUGCGCGAACAGGCCAAGAAGAUGGGAGUGAAGUCACUGAGAAAUGACCCAGAGGCCAAGAAGACUUCAAACGAGUGCCGUCUUGCAAAGGUCGCCCUUACGACUGUGUCCCUAUGGUUUAUUGCAUGGACCCCCUACUUUGUUAUCAAUAUGUCAGGUAUAUUAUACAAGCCUAUGGUUACUCCUUUGUUUUCAAUUUGGGGUUCUGUCUUCGCCAAGGCCAAUGCUGUGUAUAACCCUAUUGUUUAUGCUAUCAGCCAUCCUAAAUAUCGAGCUGCUAUGGAAAAGAAGUUACCUUGCCUCUCAUGUACUACUGAGAGAGACGAAGAUGGCAGUUCUACCUCUGAUGCUACAACGGUAGCAUCAAGUAGUGAAAAAGCCUAGACGUUUCUAAGAACUGGACCAUAAAGGAAGAAUGACUUGCUGUAUAUAUGGCACGAAGGGGAACACAGACCCAUCUGAGGCCAAAACGAUGGCAACGACCGACUUCAAUUCUGAUUUUUUUAAAUUAUUUUCCACAUUAUAUCCCUCAAUAAAUCCUUUGCACAGAAAAAA